ACAAAAUGGGUGUAAUUUAUUAAAUACUUUCAACUCUUAAACGAUAAAUGAACAAAUAUUUUAAAGUAUACUUGAAUAGUAGGUGGCUUGAAUAAUAUCUUGUAGGCUGGUUUUUUUUUUUUAUUUUAAGACGGUUAAGGAAAAAAUUUUCGCACUAUUAUUCAUUUUUAAGUCAUUCUUAAUAAUUAAAAAUAAUAAAAGUUGUUAUAAUUUAAAUGCGUGUAUUUCAAAAAGUUUAACAUCAAUAAAAGUUAUAUAGAAAAAUGAUUUUAUUAUUUCAAGUAAUUAUUCUUAUAGUUUUUUCGACUGCUUUUGCCAUUCAAAAUGAUAAAUUGACAGUAACUCCAGAAUUAGUAUAUAAAGCAAGUAUUGACUUCGGAAAAUGUUUGAAUGAAUACGUCAAUAAUGACAUUAUCACACCAGAAUUUGCAAUAAUUUUUAGGAACGACUUGAAAGAAAAAAUAAACCUUUUAGUUGAGAAUGUCGUAAAUAAAAAAAUGCCCCGGAGUAUAGUAAUUGAUGAUUUGUCAAAUUUUGCUUGUCAUUUAUUGGAUGAAAAUUUAUACUUUAGUGUUCACAGUAAUAUUGACGAAUGCAAAAAAGAAAUAACAAAAUGUACAACAAUAUUUCAUAAUAGUUUGUUUUUAACAAACAAUGAUAAAGAAUCAAAAAAGGCUGAAAUAGGGAAAAUGUCAAUACCUCCUCAAUUAGUGUAUAAAGCAAGUAUUCCAUUAGGAAGUUGUUUAAAUAAUUAUGUUAAUAAGGAAUUCAUUGACCCAAUAAUAGCAAUGUAUUUUAGAGAAGAAAUGAAAAAAAAAGUGAAUUCUCUGGUUGAAAAUGUCGUAAAUUUAAAAAUAUCACAGAGUAUAGCAUUUGAUGAUUUGACAAAUUUUGUUUGUGAUUUAUUGGAUAAAAAUUUAUACUUUAGUGUUCGCAGUAAUAUUGAGGAAUGCAAAAUAGAAGUUAAAAAAUGUACAAUAAUAUUUCGUAAUAAUUUGUUUACACUAGGCUAUUUUCAAGAUCCGAAAACGGGUGAAAUCACAGUAAAACCAUUUAUUAUUGUUGGAAAACGAAGAAAUUUUAAUGUGGGAACUAAUUUUGAUUCUAAUGUUGGAUCUACUUCUCUAUCUAUCCAGGAAUCUAAUGUUAAUUCUAAUGAUGAAUCCAAUACUCGAUCUAACGAGAAAUCUAAUGUUAAUUCUAAUGAUGAAACCAAUACUCGAUUUAACGAGAAAUCUAAUAAUGAAUCCAAUUCUCUAUCUAACGAAGAAUCUAAAGUUAAAUCUAAUGAUGAAUCAAAUUCUCUAUCUAACAAGGAAUCUAAUAAUGAAUCCAAUUCUCUAUCUAACGAAGAAUCUAAAGUUAAAUCUAAUGAUGAAUUAAAUUCUCUAUCUAACAAGGAAUCUUAUGAUGAAUUUAAUUCUCUAUCUAACAAGGAAUUUAAUGUUAAAUCUAAUGAUGAAUCCAAUUCUUUAUCUAACGAAGAAUUUAAUUUUAAAUCUAAUGAUGAAUCCAAUUCUUUAUCUAACGAAGAAUCUAAUUUUAAAUCUAAUGAUGAAUCCAAUUCUUUAUCUAACAAAGAAUCUAAUAUGAAAUCUAAUGCUGGAUCCUAUAACGAAUCUGAUGACAAAAAUAGCGAGUCAAAAAUAAAUAAAAUACAAAAAGUAAAAUUUAAUUUUAUUGAUUGUAUGCGAAAAUACGUUGAUCAAAUCCCAGCAGGCGUGGCUUUAGGUAUUUAUCUGACAGAGGAAUUAAUUGAAAAAUUGGAUAUACAAGUAAAUAACCUUGUCAGUCAAAAAGCAUCACCGACAGAGGUGUUUGACAAUUCAAUAGCAUUUAUAUGUUAUACACUCGAAGAAAAUUAUUAUUUUGAUCAUGUCAGUAACUUAAAUGAGUGCUUUGAUAAAAUUAACCAGUGUACAAAUAUAUUUGAAGAUAUUUUGCCCAAGUCGGAACAACAAAAUAGUACUACACAACUAAAUAAACCGUAAAAAUGGGCCCAACGGUAAUGAAGUUCAAUAGCUAUGUUUGUUUGUUUUUACUACUGAUAGACGUAAAUUUGACGCUAUUAUUAAUGUAAAAUAAUAUAUUUGUUUAAUUAAUUAAAAUUUUUAAAAUACAUAUA